GUACGUGUCAAAAUGUUAAGCUUCCUGAACUACGUGUCAAACACCAAUGGACCUAAAUUCGCUCUGAUGACAAGGUAGGUUUUCGAGCAAUACUUAUCCAUAAUCCAACACAUACUUUAUAAAUUGUACCACCAGCGAUUUGAUCGGCACCGCGGUCUGCAGAGCAAAGUCCAUCUCUCCACGGCCGCCGCCGGGGAGAGAAUUUCCCCGGCGGCGGCGGACAGAUCGAGCGAGAGGCAAAGGUGUGAGAUUAGUACGAUGAUCUGGUGCGCAAGUUGUGAAACUAUUGAUGCAGUGAAGAGUUUGAUUUCUUGCACACCUUUUGAAAACACAGAUACACAACAUUUGUUAUGAUGUUCGGUUCUUUCUCUUAUUUCCAAGCAAUCCAUUCGGGCUUCUAAAAGUUCAAUAAUCGCCGCGGCCUUAGUGUGCUGGAGGGAUCCAGAAAAGAAGAUGCAAGGAUCGGAUCUGCUUUUCAUUUGAGGUAUCUGGAUCAAUACUCCUGGAUAUUCACUAUCAUGCUUCAUUUUUCUCUCAUAGCGUCCGGCUUGUAUUGUGUGUGCCUUUUUUCCCCCAAAGAUUAACAUAUAGAAUCACGGCUGUCAUGUGAAGGCGUUCAAUAACAAGCAUGAUGGACAUAAGCGCACAUGCAACGAGGGAAAGUCUAAUACGGGCGUAAUUAGUGAUACUCACAGUUGCUUUCAAGCAUAACUAAGGCUCGCUGCUAUCUGAGGCUCUUGAAAGAUUGAAUUUCUCAUAAUUCUGGUCCGGAACUUCCGGAGAUGUGUUGUGGGGUGAACUGAAGUCCAGAGAUAAUAAAGAAUGUGUUUUGGGAAAAAUAAAACUGAUGUGCAGACUGCAGGGCUUACAAAGAACUAAGAAAGUUACGUAGGACAAAUAGACUUCAAUAAGAAGUAUUCCAAAAGAGGAUUGAACUACUUGAAUUGAAGUCUUUAUUGGCAAGGACACCCUGCGGACAUGCAAAAUGGAAGUUACUGAAAUUGAUGAUCUAAGCUCUAAGGCAACAAUUAUUGGACUUUUAGAAGCUAACCAAGGUGAUGGAUGGAUCCUGACUGAAAAGCUUGGAAGUAGGAGAAAGAACCAAUCUGGAGCACCAUUUUUCGGAUCAGAGGUUAUACAAGGUGGAGUCAAUUAUGGGAAAUAUUUAUGUUACACUAGCCGUGUACAACAUGUUUAACGGCAGUGAUGACAUCUACUAUUGCAAUCUGGGGCAUUCCUCAGCAUGUGAUUUGGAUUUUCUCGCAGCUUUGUCCUAAACAAGCAACGUCAAGCAGGAGCAAAGUAUUAGACUGGGCAAUUUCUGACACUUGCAAUUGCUUCCAAGCAGCACUAAGGCUCACUGCUAUCAGAGGCUCUUAAAAGAUUGAAUUUCUCAUAGUUUCAGAGAUGUGUCGCCCAUUAAUUGAUGAAAGAAAGCGGAUCAAACUAUUGUGCGAACUCCAGGCUUACAAAGAACUAAGAAAGUGGAGUCUUUUUAUAGCUUGGGGGGCUAGGGUAAGUAUUAAGUGCAUCAGAUAAAUUCAGUUUCAACCCCACAACACAUUUCCGAACUAUGGGUAAUGUGAUCUUUUGAAGAGCCUCUGAUAGCAGUGAGCCUCAGUGAUGCUUGGAAGCAAUUGCGAGUGUCACCAUCCGUGCUUAUGUCUAUCAUGUUUUUUAUUGAACGUCUUUACAUAACAGCCGUGAUUUUUAUGUUAAAUCUUUGGGGAAAAAAGGUACACACGAUACAAGCUGGAGGCCGUGAGAAAAAAUGGAGGAGGAUAGAAGACAUGCGGGAUUUCUAAUUAGGAUGCCCAUGUACAAUGGAAGUGAGGGAAAAGCCCGUCUUUGUCGAAUUCUUGGAGACGAAGCAGGAGGAAUAGUUUUGGAGAGGGUGCGACUGAUCUGGCACCAGGCGAUCAUGUCAGAGGCAAGCAAUAUGUGUGAUCUCUUCAGGAUCAGUACUGAUAGAGGAGUGAUGCUUAGUGAUGGAAAGUCGCGCUUUUCAGUUGAUGGAAAACCAGUACUACAUUUUGUUGGAACAUUCAUGUUUAGGGAGUAUACUAUCAUGCAUCUUGGCUGGGUUGCUAAGAUUCUUGCUCCCCUUGACAAAAUUUGUGUCCCUAGGUGUGAUGUUUUUUCUGGUUUGGUUUCCACUGAUUGUUGCAAAGCCUAAGAAAGGCUUAACAGUGGCUGUUUUGGGGAUAAGAGCUGUAGGGCUUGCUGUUAUUGCUGAAAUGACCAAUGGAGUAGACAGAAGCAUUGUGUGUAUGUUUUCUUUAGUGAAUAUCCAAACUAUUCCAAUACCACUCCCUGUCCUAUAAGUUCUUGGAAAUUUUUAUAACUCUUAUAUCAAGAUGAACCACCUUUCCAGGGCUGAGGUGUUGCGGUGCUAGUGGGAGUUCCACAUAAAGAUGUUGUCUUAAAGACGAGCCCUAUGAAUCAGUUGAGUGAAAGGACUCUCCAAGGGUAGUUUAUAAACCUCGUUGAGACCUUCCUCGGAUAUAUGAACAAUGUAAAAUCCUCAGAUUGUAAACAAUUUACAGAAUUUUUUAUCUUUGACCUAGGCAAACCGUUUUGGCACAAA